AUGGCCUUCCUCGCUACUAUGACCGCCGCCUCGCCUACUUCUACUCAAUGGCAAAGGUCGGAUGCCUCGGAUACUGGAGUUGCGCACUAUGGCAAGCCCAGUGGCACUGCCGCAGGUGGCAACAUGGGAAGCCAGGAUGCCGGUGACUGGCAGCACUCGCCAACAGGUCACAUCGAGGAAGAUGAACAUGACGGCUCCUUCCAGGAGAACGAUGACACCUUCAAACAGCAUCACCCACGCAGUGCCGAUGUGCUUGAGACAUUUCGGAGGAUGGCACAGCAAAAAGACGACCACGACCACCACGGCGAUAGCCAUGGCAACGACCAAAACAUGGAGGGUGCAUCGCGCAACGACGCGGAAAGUGGCGAGGACGGGAAGGGUAAAUACCAUGAUACCCGGGCGACGACUGAAAGAGGAGUCUACGAGUGUUCAGGUCAAAACUGGCAGCACCCGUGUGUAUGGACUCCAUUAAAAGAAGGGCAAUGCUAUAACAGGUUGUACGGACGCCUUGGCUCCAUGGGCCCCGACAACGGGCUAUCCUGCACCAUCUACGAGCAACCAAAUUGUAAUGACCAUGGCUGGAAUACAUGCGGGCCCUUCGUGUACCCUGGUAUCCCAAACUAUCAGACCAGCCACUUGCUGCUAUACAACGGGAUGUCUGACGAUGGUAUAUUCAGCAUCAAGUGCAAGUAUACUUAA